GUGCGCAUGUGAGCGUCAUCACAUAAUUGAGGACUAAGGAGCAGGAAGCUUUUUGAGCGAUGGCUUCCGCAGCACCUUCAUGGGGUGGAAUUGUUGACGUUGAACUUUUGAGGAAGUUGAGAACUGUAUUGGACUUCGCGAAUCUAUUCAUCGCUUGUGUUUUCUCUCUGGUUUUGCUUAUUCGUAGGAGAAGGCAGACUAGAGAGUGCAGACGAGACUGGUUUGAUACAGCGGUUGCGAGCUGUUGUGCGGUCGUGUGCGUAGAGUAUUUCGGAGCAGACAUAUAUGGUAUUAUUGUUAAAACCAAUUAUGAACUGGAUGCUAUGAAUUGGUACUUAGUGUGCUCAAUUAGAGGACUAGUUUGGAUUCUGCUAUCUGUUUCUUUGCUCGUUCAAGGAUCCAGUUGGAUCAUUUCUGUUGUGAAAGCUUCGUGGUGGAUAAUCUUUUUUGUGGUCGUUACGGUGUUGAACGUAUUGAAUUUGGUAGAACUGCAUCGUCUAGAGAUUUUAGAAGUUGCGCCUUGGGCGGCAACAUUUUGUCUUUUUGUUAAUGGCGUUAGGAGUCUACGCAGGCUUAUUUCUCAAGAAGCUGCAGUCAAUGGCAGCUCCUUGGAGCCAUUGCUGGGGGAAGAGAGUGAGAAGAGUGAAUUUAGUUUAGGCAGCGCAUCACUGUUUGGUCAGCUGUCGUUUUCUUGGAUCUGUCCUUUGCUUCGGUUGGGUAGGUUGAGGCCUUUGAAUCUCGAUGACAUCCCGUCUCCAGGAUCCUCUGAAGACGAAGCAUUUUCAGCAAAUGAGAAAUUAAACAAAGCAUGGAAUGCAGUGGAGAAGGAAAAGGGCAGUUCGACAAAUCUGGUUUUUUGGGCUAUUACGAAGGUGUACUGGAAAAGCAUGGUGAUUGCUGCCACAUUUGUGUUUCUCAGGACACUUUCCGUAGUGACCAGUCCAUUGCUGCUUUAUGCUUUUGUCAACUUCUCAAAGCGUGAGAACAAAAGUAUGAAGGAGGGUGUUUCCUUGAUAGGAUGUCUGGUUUUUCUCAAGAUUGUGGAGUCCUUGUCCCACCGGCACUUCUAUUUCUAUGCCCGCAGAACAGGCAUGAGGAUGAGGUCAGCUUUAAUGGUGGCAGUGUACAGAAAGCAGCUGAAGCUCUCAUGUGCAGGAAGGCGUAAGCACUCAACUGGAGAGAUAGUGAACUACAUUGCAGUUGAUGCUUACAGAAUGGGAGAGUUUCCAGUGUGGUUCAACAUUGGUUGGUCUUCAGUACUUCAGAUUUUUUUAUCCAUAGCUGUCCUGGCUGCAGUUGUGGGGCUUGGUGUGCUACCCGGCUUAGUUCCAUUCAUCAUCUGUGGUUUUCUCAAUGUGCCAAUAGCUAAAAUAUUUCAAAAGUAUCAGACAGAAUUCAUGGUUGCUCAGGACAGGAGGCUGAGGUCCACAUCUGAAAUUCUCAACAGCAUGAAGAUAAUCAAGCUGCAAUCAUGGGAAGAGAAGUUCAAGUCCGUGAUUGAAUCUUUCAGAAGGAAUGAGUUCAAAUGGUUGUCGAAAACGCAGUACAUGAAGGCGUUUAGCACCGUGUUAUACUGGAUGUCACCAACUAUUGUUGCCUCGGUGAUCUUUUUCGGGUGUGUCAUCUUCAAGAGUGCUCCAUUGAAUUCAGCCACUGUGUUCACAGUGCUAGCUGCACUCAGAACCAUGUCCGAGCCUGUCAGAGUAUUCCCUGAUGCACUGGCCGCAUUGAUUCAGGUUAAGGUAUCCCUUCAGAGGAUCAACUCUAUUAUGCUUGAAGAUGAACUCAAGCAAGAAAAUUUGCUGGCACAAGAUUCAGACAUCUUAGUUAACAUUCAAGGUGGUUGCUUCAGUUGGGACACACAGACAGCUACUCCAACACUUACAGACAUCAAUCUGGAAACAAAUCCGGGACAAAAGAUUGCGGUCUGUGGGCCGGUUGGGGGUGGGAAGUCAUCCCUUUUAUGCGCCAUCUUAGGUGAAAUACCAAAAAUAUCAGGAACUGUGAAGAUCCUCGGAUCAAUGGCUUAUGUAGCACAAUCCUCGUGGAUUCAAAGUGGAACAGUGCGCGACAAUAUUCUCUUUGGAAAGGCAAUGGACAGGGCAAGAUACGAAGAGGCUAUUCGAGUGUGUGCUUUGGAAAAAGAUAUUGAAAGCUUUGAUUAUGGAGAUCUCACAGAAAUAGGCCAAAGGGGCCUGAACAUGAGUGGAGGACAAAAGCAGAGGAUUCAGCUGGCUCGAGCGGUCUAUAAUGACGCCGAUAUAUAUCUUCUUGACGACCCUUUCAGCGCAGUGGAUGCGCACACUGCAGCAUCCCUUUUCAAUGACUGUGUAAUGACUGCUCUAGCAAAGAAGACAGUGAUUCUAGUGACUCAUCAAGUGGAAUUUCUCAACAAUGUCGAUCAAAUAUUGGUUGUUGAAGGAGGACAAAUCACUCAAUCAGGAAGCUACAACGAACUUCUGGUUGCAGGAACCACAUUCGAGCAGCUCGUAUUUGCUCAUAAAAGUACAGUAGGCUCAUUAGACGCAUCAUCCGGAUCAAGCCAAUCCGAACAUCACACUACACAUUUGAAUCAAAUAGACCAUAGCAACAAGGCUUCUAUGAAAGAAGAAAGACACAUGGAAAUCACUUCAAAACCAGGGAAACAGCUAACAGAAGAAGAAGCUAAGGAAGUUGGCGAUGUCGGGUGGAAUACAUUCACAGAUUAUGUUUCGGUAUCAAAGGCAUUAGCCUGCUUUUCUGGCAUUGCAGCUAGCCAGUUCUUCUUCGUGGCCUUGCAAGCUGCUUCGGGUUUCUGGCUAGCAUUCGCCAUUCAGAAGAGUAUAACCAGUGUCAUUGUUGUUGGAGUGUACACUCUCAUUGCAUCCCUCAGCACACUCUUUGCAUUCAUGAGAACACUGUCUUCGGUUCUUCUAGGACUUAAAGCAUCUCGGGCCUUCUUCUCUCACUUUACAGACUCCAUCUUCAGUGCUCCAAUGCUCUUCUUCGACUCCACCCCAGUCGGGAGGAUAUUAACGCGCGCAUCAUCAGAUCUAAGUGUGCUGGAUUUCGACAUUCCUUAUGCACUGGGAUUUGUAAUAGCUGCAGCAAUGGAGCUCGUAGCAUCAAUUUCCAUUAUGGCGACAGCAACAUGGCAAGUUCUCUUUGUCGGCAUAUUUGCUAUGGUACUUUCACAAUACAUGCAGAGAUACUACCAAAAAUCAGCAGGGGAGCUGAUGAGAAUCAAUGGAACAACAAAAGCACCUGUCAUGAACUAUGCUUCCGAGACAGCGCUUGGAGUUGCCACCAUUAGAGCAUUCCGAAUGGCCGAUAAAUUCUUUUCAAACUUCCUGAAGCUUGUCGACCAGGACGCAAAAGUUUUUCUAGCCUCAAAUGCCGCCAUGGAAUGGCUUGUAUUGAGAACUGAAGCAGUUCAAAACCUCACCUUAUUCACUGCUUCUGUGUUCAUAGUCUUAGCUCCAAAGGGAUACAUUCCUCCAGGGCUCGUGGGACUCUCCCUUUCAUACGCCUUUGCAUUAACCGGGACACAGGUGUUUCUCGUGCGAUGGUACAGCAGUCUCACUAACUUCAUCGUUUCUGUCGAACGGAUCAAACAGUAUAUGAACAUACCACCAGAGCCACCAGCAGUCAUAGCUGAAAAGAGGCCACCAUUUUCAUGGCCUCAAAGAGGCAGAAUACAGCUGCAGGACUUGAAGAUACGCUAUCGUCCCAAUGCUCCAAUGGUUCUUAAAGGCAUCACAUGCACAUUCAGAGAGGGGGCAAGAGUGGGAGUGGUGGGAAGGACUGGAAGUGGGAAAACAACACUGAUAAGCGCCUUGUUUCGACUUGUCGAGCCUUACAGUGGACAGAUUCUUUUAGAUGGUGUGGAUAUUUGCAGCAUAGGUCUUAAGGAUUUGAGAUUGAAGCUGAGCAUCAUUCCUCAAGAACCCACUCUUUUCAGGGGUAGUGUUAGGACGAAUUUGGAUCCAUUAGGCCUUCAUUCUGAUGACGAGAUAUGGAAGGUACUGGAGAAAUGCCAGCUGAAGACUACCAUUAGUGAACUCCCAAACUUGUUGGAUUCUUCAGUGGGCGACGAAGGCGAGAACUGGAGCAUGGGACAACGGCAGCUAUUCUGUCUAGGAAGGGUUCUUCUGAGGAGGAACAGAGUCUUAGUUCUGGACGAGGCCACAGCUUCAAUCGACUCUGCAACGGACGCCAUUCUGCAGAGAAUAAUAAGAGAGGAGUUUGCAGAAUGCACAGUGAUUACAGUGGCGCACAGAGUCCCCACUGUCAUCGACAGUGACAUGGUUAUGGUCCUGUCUUAUGGUGAAUUGGUGGAGUAUGAUGAGCCUGGAAAGCUUAUGGAGACCAAUUCUGCAUUUUCAAAGCUUGUGGCUGAAUACUGGGCCAGCUGCAUUGGGAAUUAAUUAUGCAGCUUCAAGAUGAGAGACAUUGGAAAUUGCUGCAUUAUUCAGCUGCUCAAUAACAGCCGUUGGUUUGUGACUUGGCUGAUCGGACGGUUAGUUUGCUUUAUUCUUCAGCCUUGUUGAAGGUCAUUUUAGUCAACAUAAUAGUCCUACCAUUAUGUGUGAACUAAAUUUCAAAUAUAACUAACAAUAAUAAUAUCAUAUAUUAAAACUUAAUUAUUUCCUUCAUAUUCAUCGUAAACCUUAAAUUAAGAUGAGUGGUUCAUAUAAAAGGACCUUGGGGCUCCUUUAUUCAGUCUACGGCCCAUCUUCGCAUUAGAAAAUUUAGACAGU